UGCCAGCUUUCAGUGCUCAUCCAUGCCACCUGCCAGUGCCCAUCAGUGCCACAUUAGUGACACAUUUCAGUGCCCAUCAGUACACAUCAAUGCCACAUAUCAGUGCACAUCUGAGCUGCCUUUCAGUGUCACCCAUCAGUGCCAGUCAGUGCCACCUAUCAAUGCCAGUCAGUGCCACCUAUCAGUGCUGCCAAUCAGUGCCACCUAUCAGUGCCAGUCAGUGCCGCCUAUUAGUGCGCAUCAGUGCCACCUAUCAGUGCCUGUCAUCAGUGCCACCUAUCAGUGCCAGUCAGUGCCGCCUAUCAGUGCCACCUAUCAGUGCCGCCUAUCA